AUGCCACCAUCAUUACGUAAUACAUCACCUAAUUCACGUAGUCUCCCGUUAGACUUUAAUUUAGAAGCAACACGUAGUGCUCCACCUGAUGCAUUACCACAACGACAAAUCAUUGCAUCAGGAAAUACUACACAACCAUUUCUUGUUAAUCAAAAUGAUCAAGUUCAAGAACAACAACAACAAAAUGGAAGAGAGCAGAUAACAACAACAACAACGACAGCAUCGUUUAGACGUCGACAACGUCGGCUUCGACAACAACGAUAUCGUCAGGCAAAUGUUGUUAGUAAUAAUCGUUUUGCGGCAUUGGUUGAUGAAAACGUAAGUAACGAUGGCGAUAAUAAUAAUAAUAAUAAUGAUGACGAUGAACCAAUAAUUAUUAAACAGAAGUAUAAGAAAAAUACUCGUCGUUAUCUCUUGCCAGAUCAAAUGCUUAAAUGGUUUGAUAGUUUUUCAAGAACGACAAAGCCAAUAGUUUCUCAACGUGCUAAUCAAGCUUAUCUUCUAGGAACAGCUUCCAUUUAUGAUGCAUGGGUCAGAGAUAAUUAUGAAUUACAACUCUGGCAAGCUUAUUUAAAAAUGGGUACUGAGAAAAAACAUUGGGCCAAAGAAGUCGUUCGACGGACAAAACAACGUGACGAUAUUGCAAAUAGUCGAUUUAUACAAAAGAAAAUUAAUCGAUUAUUAGCUAAUAUUGCUAAAGCAAAUGCUACAAUUAUUGAUUUUCAAUUACAAUUGAUUGAUUAUUGGUCGUAUGCAAAUUCAGAUGCAUUAGCACAAAGAGUAGCUACAUUGAUAGCAGAAAAAGAAAAGACCAAUCAAUCAAAUGCACAAAUUGCGAGUUCGGCUCCUAUAACGACAACUACUACAGCUCCCAGUGCGAUAACAACUUCUAAUGUUUAUAAAGAUCCAGUUCGUGAAACUGUAGAUAGAAUUGAAUCUCAAAUAUUAGAUUACAUCUAUAAGAAUACAUCACAUGUUAAAAAGAUGUUUCUAAGUCGUAUUCAAUUAGCUAAAGCUGAAAUGGAAGAAUUCAAGGCUUUAGAAGAUUUCGAACAAGCAGCCACUCCAUCUCAAUGGAAUAUUCAUUUGAUGUUAAAAUCAAAAGUAAAGUUAUAUUCCACAAAGAAUAAAAAUUAUAGCGUGGCUACGAAACGUCUUGAAUAUGAUAUUCUUCCAAAAUUUAUUGAUAAAAUUGAUUUCUCAUUUAAAAUUGAUGAAUCCAUAGUUGGUAAAGAUGAAGCACAAGCCAUGUAUGAUCAAAUGCGCAAAACUACUAAAGAUUUUCGUACUCAAGCUAUGACAUUAUAUAUUCAAUCAUUAGCUCGAGAACAUGAAUUAUUAUCUAACGAAAUUAAACGUACUAUUGAACAUUUUCCAAAAGAUAAUGAUGAAGGUUUUGACGCUGAAGCUGGCUAUGCAUCAUUCAAACAUUACCAUGAAUUACGUGAAAAACGUUUAAACUUAGAACUUGAACAAUCGCUUCAUUUUUUAGAAGUACAAAGAGUCGAGGGCGAAAGCAACAAUCAACAAGAAGAAAUAAUUGCCCCGACUCCUCUUCGAGUACUUGGCCCGGAGUUCUUGCUCCAACAAUAA